AACCAAGGGGAGGGGGAGGGGAAAGUGAAACAGAGUCCUUUGAGCCCUGGCUAUUUGGGGGAUUAUUUUUAAACUCUCCCUUGCAAUGGAGCCUUUGAUAAAUUAUUCAUUGGAUAGAAAAGGCUGCAGCUGAAGUGCUGAUGUCAGGAGGAAGGAGUCUAGUGCAGCAGCCCUGAUGCUGCUACUGCUGUUUCUGCUGCAGAGAGACACUCAGCCUGAGCAUAAGGGUGCAGCAUGCUGCCUGGCUCCUACUCCUGUUCCAGCCUCCUGUGCAUUAGCAGCAGCAGCAGCAGUGCUCUGGCCAAGGGUGCAGGGCCAAAAGGGGAUCACGAGGAAGAGGAGGAGGGAACGGUAUGGCUCUCCUACGAAGCAGUGGCUGCAGCGGUGGUUCUCUCUGUCUCCUGGUCCUGGCGGUGGCAUGCCUACUGCAGCGUGCCCAGGUGAAGAAGCCAGUCCGAUGCCCUGCCACAUGCAGCUGCACCAAAGAAUCCAUCAUUUGUGUGGGAUCUCCUGGUGUGCCGCGAAUCAUCCUCAGCGACAUCAGCUCCUUGAGCCUGGUAAAUGGAACCUUUUCUGAAAUCAAGGACAGAAUGUUUGCCCAUCUGCCCUGCCUGCAGCUGCUCUUGCUGAACUCUAACUCGUUUACUAUCAUACGAGAUGAUGCUUUUGCUGGUCUCUUCCAUCUAGAGUACCUAUUUAUUGAAGGAAACAAAAUAGCAAGCAUUUCAAGAAAUGCAUUCCGUGGCCUUCGCGAUCUGACUCACCUUUCUUUGGCUAAUAACCACAUUAAAGCUCUGCCAAGGGAUGUCUUCAGUGAUUUAAAUUCUCUGAUUGAAUUAGAUUUAAGGGGAAAUAAAUUUGAGUGUGACUGCAAAGCCAAGUGGUUGUUUUUGUGGUUAAAGAUGACAAAUUCCACUGUUUCUGAUGUCCUGUGUAUUGGUCCAGCAGAAUACCAGGAUAAGAAGUUAAAUGAUGUCACAAGUUUUGAUUAUGAAUGCACCACUACAGAUUUUAUUGUUCAUCAGAUUUUGCCAUACCAGUCAGUUUCAGUGGAUACAUUCUAUUCUAAGAACGAUGUGUACGUAGCCAUUGCACAGCCUAGCAUGGAGAACUGCAUGGUACUGGAAUGGGAUCACAUUGAAAUGAAUUUCAGAAGUUAUGACAACAUCACAGGUCAGUCCAUUGUGGGAUGCAAAGCAAUCCUGAUUGAUGACCAGGUCUUUGUGGUGGUGGCACAGCUCUUCGGUGGCUCACACAUCUACAAGUAUGAUGAAAGCUGGACUAAGUUUGUCAAAUUCCAGGACAUAGAAGUCUCUCGCAUUUCCAAGCCAAAUGAUAUAGAGCUGUUUCAGAUAGACAGCGAAAAGUUUUUUGUCAUAGCAGAUAGCUCUAAAGCUGGUCUGUCAACAGUUUAUAAAUGGAAUAACAAAGGAUUCUACUCUUACCAGUCCCUGCAUGAGUGGUUCAGGGACACAGAUGCUGAGUUUGUUGAUAUAGAUGGAAAAUCUCAUUUAAUCCUCUCGAGCCGCUCACAAGUUCCCAUUAUACUUCAGUGGAACAAAAAUUCAAAAAAGUUUGUCCCACACAGUGAAAUCCCCAACAUGGAGGAUGUCUUGGCUGUGAAGAGCUUCAGGAUGCAAAAUAGCCUCUACAUUACGCUCACAAGGUUUAUUGGUGACUCCAGAGUCAUGAAGUGGAAUAGCAAGCAGUUUGUGGAGAUACAGGCUCUCCCGUCUCGAGGGGCAAUGACACUGCAGCCUUUCUCCUUUAAGAAUAAUCACUACCUAGCUCUAGGAAGUGACUACACCUUCUCCCAGAUAUACCAGUGGGAUAACGAGAAGAACCUCUUUAGAAUAUUUAAAGAAAUCUAUGUGCAGGCACCUCGCUCUUUCACAGCUGUGUCAACUGAUCGAAGAGAUUUUUUCUUUGUUUCUAGUUUUAAAGGAAACACACAGAUAUUUGAACAUAUAGUUGUUGACUUGAGUUUAUGAGGGCUGUUGGAGUGAAGCUCAUGUACAAUGAGACAUUUUCACUUAUCAGAAACAACAACAAAAAGACAGAUGAUUCAUCUCCAAAAAUAGGGUGUAUUUGUGGAACUAGUAAGAAGUUUUCUGAACUUUUAGAAUUUGCAUAUUAACCAGGGAUUGCAAUGACUUGGUUAACUGCAUGUCAUGUCCAUUUUACCAUUUUUAAAGACAUUUUAAAACCUGUAAUUAUUCAGAGGAGUGUGCGAUGCAUUAGGAUUAAUUCUGAUAUCUAAGACAGUUAUGUGAAUUUUACCUAAGAAAUUGAAUUAGAUUGGACACUUCAUAGAAACAAGAGAGGAGAGAAAACAAUGUCAAACAUGGAAACUAUUCUUUCCUCUAAACCUAACAUUUCAGUAAUGAUACUUAAGAAUAAAGGCAACUGCACAUAUUUGUUGAUGAAUUGUAUAAAUUGACAUCAACCUUCAAAAACAUUUUUUGGUCAUCUUGGUUCCGUGCGGUUGAUGGGCAGCAUCUCUUUGUUCUUUACAAUAAAACAAAGGUCAUUGUUUUAAUUCA